AUGUCGUCAGAAUCGGAAAACAACGUCCCUGACGAAGUUGUCAUUCCGAACGGAGACAUAAUUCUCGUCGUCGGUCAAGAAAAACUGCGAAUUCAAGUCUCUUCCCAGUUCCUGACCCUGGCGUCUCCGGUAUUCGACGCCAUGUUGAACCUCAAGUUCUCAGAGGGAAUCAAGCUCCACGAGAGCAAUGAGUUGCCAGUUGACAUCAAACUGCCAGAGGAUGAUGGGCUGGCGACUGCCCAGGCCUUAAAAACUAUAUAUGGGUCAGACCCAAGCAUGUUAUUCCUCGACCCCGAUGAGAUCCAGAAAGUCUCCAUUCUGGCAGACAAGUACGGCAUGUCACCCCGUUUUUCCAUGGCUGCCACUGGCUGGAUGAACUGCGAGCCAGCCAACCUCGACCAAGCUUGGAAGCUGAUGACGGCCUCAUAUUGGCUCAACCUUGAAGAUUCGUUUCGAACCAUGAGCGAACACGUCGUGGUUAAAAUGAACCACGCACAAAUCUUUCAUCUGGCGCAACAGACUCAUGAUGUCGGCCUAGGCCUAAAGCAAGGCAGUGAGUUCUUACCAAUAUACACAUCUUCUCUUGUUGUGAUAUGA